AUGCAUGUCACAUCCGUUCUUCACCCUCUUGCCUGGCUGACAGCCGCCGUCGCCGCGUCUCCCCUGCUUUCCCGACAGGGAGUAACGGCCAAUGGCACGAAUGUCGUUUCAGCUCUUUGGGAUGGCACCUGCGUCUACCCCAAGUCUGUCUCGACUUUCGACCUGCCCUCUUACCUUGGCACGUGGUAUCAGGUGGCCGGAUAUGAGGCUAUUUUCACCGCCGGCUGCAAGUGUGUCACAGCGAACUACUCCCUCAACGACGACGGGACAGUUGGUGUGAAGAACCAGUGCGAAGCAGUGGGACUACCCAUCACCAUCACGGGAUCGGCAGCUCCUGUCGACCCUGUCUAUGGCGACGCUGGGGCGUUUGAGGUUACCUUCUUCAACUCCACCAAUGCCUGCCCGGGGCCCAACUACAUUGUGCAAGAAUAUGUCGUGGACGACUAUGCUAUCGUGCAGUCGCCUAACUUUGGGACGCUCUUUAUUCUGAGCCGAGAACAGAACGUGACGGAAACUAAGCUCAAUGCUCUAAUCACGCGUGCUGUUGAGCUUGGCUCCAAGAGGUCGCUCAUCAAGAUCAACGACCAGUCAGGCUGCCUGCACACCUAG